UCAAAGUCUACGGCGACGUGUUGUGUUGGAAGUGUUUCUUAGGAAAAAGUAUAUGAAAUAGUUGUUCCAUCAAAUCGAAUUAUAAAUUGCAGUCGAAUCAUUCGUGGCAAUGGUGGUCUUAGAAAGUGAAGGUGAUGAUAUAAGACAAUUACCAGCUGAAGAUGACAAGACAGAGUCAAAACCAUCAAAACUCUUAUCAUUAGAAAUAUUUCGUGUGACAAAGGAUGCCCAGCAACAGCAUGGUCUGCGUCACGGCGACUACCAACGUUACCGCGGAUAUUGUUCGCGACGACUGCGACGGAUGCGUAAAGUCUUGAAAAUACCACAGGGCGAUCGUCGUCACUACCGUCGUCGUGACGUAACGCCGGCGCAUUUAACUGCCUCGAGUGCAGAGAGCCGGUUGCUGUGUGUGCCACUGCUGCAGGCGGAGCGUGCCUGGGCGCACGCUAUGCAGCUGCGCCAGGAGGCCAACACCGAGCCCAGGAAGAAGUUCCAUCUCGUGUCACGAUUGAAGAAGGCUUACGCUCAUGCUCAGACUUUGUUGCAGCUGUGUGAGAGCGGUGCCUGCGACGCGCGCACGCAACUGGAGGCGCGCGCGUACGCGGCGUGGCUGGGCGGAGCGCUGCUGCUCGAGCUGCAGCAAUGGCCCGGCGCCGCCGAAAGUCUGCGGCAGGCGCAGCUGGUGCUCGACAACCUCUGCAGCGCAUUGCCUGAUGACGAGCGACAUGUUUACAAGCAAAAAGUGGAAGAGCUAAAGCCUAGUUUGCGAUACUGCGCGUACAACAUCGGCGACCAAUCAGCGGCGGGCGAGCUGGUCGCUAUGCGCGGACAGGGACUCAUCGAGAACCUCGACACGCUCAUGGCACAGGCUAAAGAAUCACGCUCUGGAAUAAUGCACGAAGUAGAAUGGCGCGGCCGCCGCGUCACUGUCCGCCCCGAGAAAGUGCGCCUCUUCCUCAUCGCCUUGCAGGACUUGGAGAAAUCUGUAGAAAGCGCACAAAACGUCGAAGCUAAGAUCGAAAUCCUCGAGAACAUUCUUAUGGACUGCAAGGACGCUAUAUCCGCUAUCAAAGAUGAGAUAAAGAACGAUCCAAAGCUGAAGUCUGGAUCCGAGAGCCAACUGUCGAGUGUCCACUAUCUGCUCUCGUACUUGAUGUAUGUUCGUCUGAUGCGCACCAUCGAUAGGAAUAACUUGCUGGUGCAACAAGCCGAGGAGGCUCGCAAGAAGAACGCACCGUUGGACGGCAAGAAGGUGCGGCCCCAGGACCUGACCAGACUGUACGAGAUAAUCUUGCAAAACUACACUGAGCUCCAGCAGCUGCCAGGUUUUGACACUGACGAGGCGUAUCAGAGGGAGAUCGAGACAGCGAUGAGCGCCUACCGCGCCUUCCGCUGCUAUUACAUAGCGCAGGUGUUGACAGGACUGCGCCGCUUCAGGGAGGCACUCGCCAUGUUAGAGCGCACCACCGGUUACAUCACUGAGACCACGUCCAAGAUCAAAGAUGUGCAGUUGAAGAACAAAUUGGAAAUGCUUCAAAAAGACAUCGAGAGCUGUAAAUUCAUCGUACACGCCGAUUCCGUGUUGGAAGACGAGGAGGACGAUGAAGAGAACAAAUACACUUCGAGUGGAAAACCUUACAAAGACAAGAAGCCGUUGGUCGAACGUCUGGACGAGUACAGAGAAGAUACGCAACUGUUGACUAAGAAUCCUAACGUUUACAAACUGCCGCCGCCGAUGGAGGCCAUACCCUGCAAGCCUCUAUUCUUCGACCUGGCCUGCAACUUCAUAGAAUUUCCAAACUUGGACGAUAAAACCGGAGCCGCAAACAGCAAGAAACAGGGCGCGGGUAUCACCGGACUCGUUAAAGGGUUUUUGGGUUGGGGUAGUGACAAAUAAAUUGUUCAAUUUUUAUUAUAUUGGAAUACAUUAAACAGUUCUAUACAA